GUCGACCAUGAAUUGAGUGGACGGACACGGGCAAGAGUCUGUGUGUGUCCACUCCAGCAGACACACCACGGACAGACAGACAGACACCACAGACAGCUCACAAAUGGGGAGAAUGGGGGCGGACAUUGAAACCCAGCUCAUCUGUCUCACCCAAGCUUGCAUGUCAAAACCACCACAGCCCCACGAUUGGCCCGUCUUUUCUAUCUGUCCUUCAUAAAUCGUUAUAAAUCACACACACCACACACCACACACACCCAUACGCAACCACGGAGGGAGGAGACGGAAACAAAUGGCCCUGAUGGGAUGGAUGGAUGGAUGGCUGGACUGACUGAUGCGUUGCAUCGCCGCAUCAUUGCACAAUCACUGACGAGACACACACUCGGAUAGACAGCAAGACAAGACAGGCGGCACAACCCAACUCACUCACCGAUAAAGGUGACCAUGACAUGAAAACACUAUCACUCACGCGGGCAACCAUGAAGCGAAAAGGGAGAGGGGUCCACGCUCAGGGGCCGCUGAGAUUGCCCCCCUCUCUCUCUCUCUCUCUCUGUUUGUCCGUCGCCACACAGACGUUCGUCGGUGCGCAGGCCGUUCAAGUAACACCCCCCCACCCCCCCACCACCCCCAGCAAAUUGACGGACCCACGAGCAUCCGAUGAUAAGGUACCUACCUGCCCCGUGAUAAAAGCCCCACCACUACGCCAACGUACCUUACCUUACCGUCGAAAUGGAUGGCCCACACGCAACACAACACAACACAACACAACGCAGUCAACACACCCGUAGCAAGCAAAAGACACACACACACACACCUCCUACCUUCACAGGCACACCAUGUACCAUGCACACACGCGCACGCUUGGCUUGGCUGGUAUGUCUGUCGGUAUGUCGUCAGUCACGGGAAUGAUAUCGGUGCCUUGAGCAUGGUCUCGUCCUUGUCCGGAGCAGGGCCGUUGGCGAAGCACCGAUCCAGACAGUCCAGCAGCUGCUUCUCCGCCACCACGUCAUCCGCACGACCUGCAAACCAAACAAGUCAGUCCUUCGUCCAUCCACACCACACCACACCACGCCACACCACACCUAGAGGCUUGUUCCAAUGCACUGCACUGACCCUGGUGGGAGAGGAUGCCGUCCGGUCGGAUGAGGCAGAAGGACGCCGUCUCCAGUCUGCUCAGUGGGCACACGCCCAGCCCAUACAUGUCCCUGAGCACACACAUCGGACACAUCGGCAUGGGAGGGAGGGAGCGAUCCGUUUCGGCGUGGUGGCAUCAAUCAGAUAACGGUCAUGUAUCUGACUGGCUAGCUGGCUGGAUGGCCGACCAGAAUGCGCCCUCGACGUCCCACGCGCUCUGCAGACCACCCACAUCUGGCCCCACCGAACCGAGGCUGCAUGGCACCGCAUUUCCACACACACACCCAUCCAAACACAAACACACACACAGACAGACACACACAGACAAACGGACCUGGUUUUGAAUUUGGUGUUUAUCUGUUCAAGAAGAUUGCCGCUGGAGGCUCCUCCUGGUGUGGGUGCGGCGGUGCCUGCAGGGGGUGUGCUGCCGCUGCUGGUGGUGAUGCUCGUGUUGGUGUUGGCGGUGGUGAGGGCAGACCGUGAGUCGAGCACUGGCACGAGCGACGGCCGGCCAGCCGUGAAGAGCAGCAUGAUGCGGAGAGGAGGGGGGGGCGGGCGCAUCAGCUGCUGCAUGUCUUGGACCUCCUGCUGCUGCACCGAUGAGUCAGGCGGUGAGUCGAUGCUGCCGGUGCUGGUCAUGGUGGUGUUGGUGGAGCUGACGCCCCGGUGGCUGCUGGUGGACCGGGUGACGGCCUUAGACGCCAGGGAGAGCAGACUCUGCAGACCGCCCGUCAGGUGGAUCCUGGACGAUUCUGCACACCCAUAACAUGGAUAAACAGGCCAAGACACACACACACAUGCAUCCAUCCAUCCAUCUAUCUCUCUGUGCUGUGUGCUCUGUCUGUUUGUUGACUGACUGACCGGUUGUGGUGUCGUCACCGCACUGGUCCAUGAGAGUGACAGGUGGCGGCACGCCCACCACACAGGUGCCCAGGCACGACGACCACCGGUGCUGCCCGCCAGAUGCAGACAGCAUCGACCCCCCGCCCGACGCGCUCGCCGGCACACGCAGCACCAGCACCAAAGUGUGCAGCGGACCGGCUAUCGCCUGAAGCAGUCGUGUGAACCGCACCUCUCCCUCAUGCACCUGUGAGUGGAGAAAGACAGCAAUGCAUUGGGUGAAUGAAGGGUGUGUGGGUGUGUAGGUCGCACACACCAGAGCGAUUUUGGCGUCGGGUGCGACAGCGCCCGGCUGCACCGCACCCUUGAUGGUGGCCGCCUGGCCGAACAGGGGGCUAAGGCACACACACGCACACACGCACACACGCACAGACAUAAGACAGUGAGACAAGACACAGUUGUGGUGUCUUGUCUUGUCUUGCCCUGUCUUGUGUCCCUACCUACCUGUCUUUGGUCGGCAGCGGUCGAUAUUUCUGGAGUGACGUGAGUGUGGGCCCCAGCCACUCGCAAGGGUUCUGUGCCUGGCAGCAGAGGGCCACGUACGGCAGCAGCGGCAGACACAUCCGGUACGCCAACGCACCUGACACCAACGAGCGACAGAACGACAGACAGAAAGAACGAAGGGACCAAUAGAGAUCAGAUUGCACGUCAGCUCUUUCUACGUGUGUGUGUGUGUGUGUGAGUGUGCCUGAUUCAAAGUACUCCCGGUACUUCAGCGCCUUGGCCCGCUGCAGCGCUGCAGAGAAGAAGCCACAACGAUAGUAGGCAGCAAGAGAUCAGUACUUAACGAGCAUCGCUUAAGCAAGGCAGGUAGGGGAACUCAACUCACCCUGGCAGAUGAGCAUUUCUCUGGCGUAUGUGUCAAGCAGCGACGGCUGCAUCUGCUGCCCCAGCACCAGCCCCAUCUUCCACGACAGAUUGAAGCCAUCCUGCACCACACACACACACCCCCCCCCCUCAAAUACACACCGAAGAAACACACUCACUCCUGUAUCUGCGUCACGUGUGCUGCACCUGUAUGGCGGCGUUGAUGGACUGAUCAUGGAAUGGGAGCCGCAGCUGAGCAGCGUCUCCGCAGAGGAACACCCGCCGGGCGAGGUCGUAGGUCCACUCGUACUUGUCGUGGAUGGGCACACAGGUCGCCCAGUCCACCCUCUCAAUCACACUACCGGGGUACACCUAAACCAAGGACAUCAGACAGACAGACAGACAGACAGAUGGAUGGAUGGAUGGAUGGAUGGAGAGAGGGAUGGGGAACUUUCCUUCCCUCAUGCAUGUCUCUCACUACUCACAAUGCUGAUAAUGAGCUGCAGCUCCUCCUUGGUUGGCAUCAGCUGCAAACUCCCCGCCACAUCCCGCGACGGACGGCACGACACAGUCCUCCACGAGUCAUCGUCGAUGGGCACCACAGUGACCAGCCCCCCGCCCCCCUUGCUCCCAACCAGCACGUGGGCACGAUUGCGCGCCAGCGGCACGUGCCAGUUGACUUGCAUGUCGGCCACCACGAACUCGGUGGGCGGCGGGGGCGGUGUGGUCGCGCGGGGAAUGAAUGCGAGCAGCGGGUUGGCGGAGAGAGAGGGGGGCUGGUGGGGAGCGGGGGUCUGCUCCUCUGCGGCCGUCUCGGUCUCCCCCGGCUCAUCCCGCUUGAACUCCUUGAGCUUGGCCACUUUCUGCUUGACAAUCGACCGCCGGCCGUCACAGGCGACAACCCACCGACAGCUAAGGGGAAUGGGCGGAGGUGUGGGUGGGGCUGUGGGGGACCCACGAGCAGCAGCAGCUGUUGCUGCAGGGGUGGUUGGGGAUGCGGUCACGGGCACGAGAGUGAGGUUGAUGAGCUCCUGUGUGGGGGUGGCGCCGAGGCUGAGGUGGUCGAUGGUGAGGCCGCGGUGGAUGCGGUCUGCCUGGCCGAGCUGCGCAAGCCGGUCUGUGAGAAUCGUCUCAACUGAUGAGAGAUUCACCACCUGAGCAGAGCGACCACACACAUAACAGGCAGCCAAUGAGUGACUGAAUGAUUGGAGCGAGCGAUUGUGGGCGUCUGUCUGGCCACGUAUGUCACGUACCACAGGCUCUGUGAGGUUUGCGUCCGAGUUGAAGUGCGCGUCUGCCGUGACGUUGCCGUCGAUCAUCAGCCGUUCGCUCGUCAGGGCCUCCCCGGCAUUCAACACAUCAUCAGACACACCCAGGUCUGACAGACAGCAUUUAUAUGGUGCAAUAUAUAAGAGAGGAAUCUCUCUCUCAUCCCAUCCACGGCUGUCUUGUCUGUCGGCCCGGCUGGCUGACUGACUGCAGUCACUCACUCUGCAGUAUGUCCAUCGUCUGUUUGUGCAGCACCGCCGCCCUCCCGCCCUCUUCAAGCACCGGCAGAUCUCCGUCAUCGAGCACCUCCGAGUUGCUGAGCGCCCGGCUCAGCAUGCCACGCGUGGCCUCCUCCGUCGCCCUGGUGUCUACCAGCAGCCAAUCGACGUGCCGCCGGGCAAGGUCUACAGGACACACAACCAGAAGAUAGCUCAUUGUUCGACGCAUUGCAAUCCACGCCAGGAGGGAAAUCCUUCCUUCCCUACCGAGGGCGAGAGUGAGGCCGCUGACACCGUUGCUGAUGAUCACCACAGAUGCUUGCAGGGAAGCGGGAGGGGAUGGCUCUGCUGACGCCAUCGCGCUGUCUUGAAUUAGAGGGAAACGAGUUGUCAGGAUUGCCAGC